UUGGCCAUUAUCAGUAAUUAAAUCUCAACAAGGGAAGUUCCUAAUUAAAGAGACGAUCUCAGAUCAGCAUUGUUUGUGAUUUUUUGCAAUUAGAACAGAUUUCUUUGCUGCUUUCUCUGAUUGAGUUUUUAUUUGCAAUUGUUUGAAUAAGCAGAAUUUAUUGUAAUUACAAAAUUUAUAUUCUGCUCGUGUAAAAUAAUUUAGAUUUGUUUCCGUCGAUGAAUGCGAGCACACAACUUACGUUGCAACGAUAAGACUCGGCUUAUCCGAAUUUAAUGAGAAUGAAUCAGAAGCUAAUGUGUAGCGUGUUAUCUGGUCAUUUAAUCCUCUCAAGUGUGAUUGUCUCUUAUAUUAUUCAAUAUUUUAUGUAUUUCUUAUGUAUUUAUAUAUGUAUUUAGCAACAGCAACCGUUUCCCAUUUCAUUUUAUUUAAUUUCAAUUUGUUACGCUCUCUUUUAAAAAAAAAAAAAAGAGAUGAAGCCCCAGUUUGCUAGCACCGAUUAGUCAUCAGUUAGUAAUCGACCGAUUACUAGCGUCAACCAUGAUUGGUCAGGUCGGCAAAUGUCGUUGGAACACCGUGGAAUCCAACCCCAAGAUGAUUCCGAACGAUUCGACGCAAUAACCUAGGAAAACCUAGGAAAACUUCCUAAAAAAAAACAUAAGAUCUAAAAGCACGUUGAUAACAAACUUCUCUGUUUCCUGUUAACAUAAUGUUUUUUUUUUAUAAGCACAAUUCAAAUAAGAAUCUUGUGAUUUGCAGUAUCAAUCGUGAACAUCAUAACGCAACUUUAAUUUGCAUAUGAUUACAUCUUAAGGAGUUUUAUUGAUUUACUUGAGUUCUUAUGUAGCUACCAGAUACUGUUUUGUAUUAAAAGGAAUUUACACCAAAUAUAUUUUUAUCAUAUAAUAUGAGCACAUCUAUGAAAGAAAAAAACGAUACAAGCACUGAACAAGAAGUAGAGGACAGCCUAACAGACAGAGAUCUUAUUGAUAACCAUGAAAAGGAACAUCUAAAAAUUUUACCGUCCAAAAAUUCUCGAUUGAAGCCUCAAGUAAAAAGGCUGUCACAUCGCCUUAAACAAAAACGCAGGAUUAAUUAUAAUGAGAGUGACGAAAGUGAAAAUGAUCCCUUUGAGAAUCCAAAGGCGAGAGAUCUUUUAGAAAAAUUGGAAGAUAUUAAGGAACAAGAAAAAGUGCCAUUAAGUGUCAUAAGAAAACUAGAGGCAUUACAUGUAAAAUUAAUACACAAAGUACCACCACAACAUAAAAUAGAGCAAGGUACUGCAACUUAUGUGCCAACAAAACAAAAGACAAAAAAAUUUCAAAAAUAUGGACCACUUCGAAAAGGUAGAUAUUCAUCUGAAGAGGAUGAAAUUAUCAAAAAAAACUGGAAUACAUUUUGUGAGCUCCAUAAUUGGGACUCCACAAAUGUUAAACCUUUUCUUAAUUGGAAGCAUGAAAAAGAAUGUUAUAUAGAAUGUUACAUAAAAGACAUAAAAGAAAGACAAAAAUUUGUUCAGUUUUUAGCCAACGGAUUACCUUGGCGAACUCUCUACAGUGUUUAUCGCAGAUUCAAAAUAUUGUAUCGUAACAAACUUGUAAACGCUAGAUAUGGGAAAAAUGAAGAUGAAGUGAUUUUAUUGUACAUAAAAAAUAAACAGUUGGACGAGCGGGAUAAUAAAUACACUGAACUGGCAAAGUUAUUAAACCGAACAACACAGUCAAUUUCUAAACGUUAUCAAUAUCUGCAGAGGAUUAGAAAAUCAAAAGCUCCAUUGGUAAAAAGUGUAAAGUACAAAAGACCAAACAUUGAAAAGAAAACGUAUAUAAAAACUUUACUUGAUGUAACUUUAAGUGAAGAUAUAAGUGAUCUUAAAUUCGCUAUUUUACCUAAGUUAGUGUGGAAGGAAAUGGAAAAAAAACUGAACAUAGAUCACAAUGUCUUGAAAACAUUUUGGCAAUAUCAGCUGCAUAUACAGCUAUUCAGUACUCGUCCUAUCUAUUUAAGCGAUAUUAAGAUACAGUUGAUUGAGUAUAUUUAUGUAAAAGGAAUAUCGAAUGUUCGCGAAAUUUCAUGGUCCAAAGUUGCCUCACAUUUCGAUGGAGCAACUCCAGUAUUUCUUUGCAAAGUAUUCUAUUAUCUUGUUCAAGAAUGUCGCAAAGAUAUUGGUGAUAAGAAUUUUAUUGAUAUUAUGGAGUACUUGUACAAUACUAAAAUUGAUGAGAUCAAAAACGCUUCGUACGAUUUCUUCUUACCUAGAAUACUAUACAAAGAUGAUAAACUUGUUGUGCUAGACAAGGACAAUAAUAAUGCAACUAUAGCGGAUAUUGAUAAAUAUGAUGAAACUUAUUCUGAUAGUGAGGAUUCUGGUGACGAAAACAAUUUGUAACACAUUGUACAUAUUCACUCAUUUAUUUAAAAAAAAAAGAUCGAUGUAUAAUAGAUAUUAUUCGCAGCGAA